AUGCGAAAACAAAUCCAAUCACCCCUUGCUCCCUUACCGCUAUACAACAUCUUCUCAGCUGUUGGGUGGGGGUAUGUACUUUACAAUGUCAUUUCUGUAUUCCCCAAGAUACAGCAACCGAAAUUUUACUACCAGACUAAAAAUAUAGUCACUAUGAUACAGUGCUGUGCAGUCGUGGAGAUAUUCAUUUCAUUAUUCGAGGUAGUUCGUUCACCACUAAUAACGACAGUUUCACAAGUUUUUUCAAGGCUACUGGUUGUUAUUGGAGUUUUCCAGUUAUUACCAGAAACUCCUUUAUUGAAAACUUAUACAUACGUGGUUCUACUUUCAGCGUGGUCGGUAGCAGAAUUUGUUAGAUACCUUUACUAUUUCUACUCACUAGCUGAUAAGAAGGGUCCGUCUGAGGUUUUAGUUCUUUUGCGGUACAAUCUAUUUUGGGUACUAUAUCCAACUGGUGUGGCCUGCGAAUUAUUAAUAAUUUAUUCUGCCUUGCCACUGGCAGAGGCAAAAUAUGGAGUUUUCAGCAAAUGGGUUCUAUUAGGUGGAAUGUUAGCUUAUAUCCCAGGCUUCCCAGUAUUAUUUAGCCAUAUGGUAGCUCAAAGGAGAAGAGGUAUGAAAAAAAUGUAUCAAGUCUUUUGCAAGCAGAAUUAG